AUGAGUUGUAAGGGGCACCGAGUUCCACCAGGGCGCAGGAGGAGCGACUGCGGCCGGCCCAGAGGACAAGGAGCUCGGCCGGGGACCCCGACAACGGCCGACAGGUGCAAGCAAGAGUGUGAUGGUGUCAAUCUGAUAGAUUCAGGAGGUCUGGCUGAUUUACCCAUAAAACCUCUGAGAAGAUGGCAGGCUACUUACUGGACACUGGCCAUCUUUCUAUCCCUGAUUGCCAGUACAAUUGCUUCAUCCCAAGAGGAGAACAGGUUUCCAGUGAAUAACCCACGAGCCAGACAGAUACCAGCUCAGGACAAGAAAGUUUCCAUCAGUAGGAUUUCAAUGGAAAGCCAAGAACCUCUGGAGAGUCAAGGAUCCCUGAAAAGUGAAACAGAUGAGAGCAGGGAAUUGCCAACUCAAUCUGUCUGGGCUGCUGCGCAUUAUCAGACUGCAAUGUUAAACAGACUGGGCGAAUUUGCAGAGGAUGUGCGAAGCCGCUAUGAACGAUCAUCAGGCCGUUCACAUAAAGGCAAAGAACGAGCAAAGACCUCACGGAGAAACAGACGGAGAGGAUCUAGGAGAAUGAAAAAGAAUAAAAGUGAAUGCCAUAUCAAUACCUUGAGGCUCAGAGUUGAAGACCUGGGGCUUGGUUAUAAAUCAGAUGAGAUCGUACUUUUUAAAUAUUGCAGUGGAAACUGUCCACGGUACCGGUCAAAUUAUGACCUAACACUGUCCAAACUGUUAAAUAAAAAUGGAAUUCUUUCUCAUACUGAUGAGAUAGUGAUCAAUCAUCCAUGCUGCAGACCAAGCAAGUACGAAGAUGUAGCCUUUCUGGAUUUGCAAAACCAGUGGCAGAGGGUCACGAAUCUCUCUGCAGUUGAAUGCAUGUGUCAGGGAUGAUGAGCCAUGUCACUAUGGACUAUGCAUUCACUUUGAGGAACAAUGACCUAGGCAAGGUGAAAAUACUGCCAAGAUUUCUCCGUGUUAAGAUGACAGGAAUGCACUGGAUUUGUUCUGUUCAGAGGGAUACACCAAGUUUUAUAUUGUGCGGAGUAUAGUAUGACCACUAAAAAGUUCUGCAUAAUGUUUUUCUUGGAAGAAUGCCAUGAAGCUCUUCAGAAAUAAACAUAUCAAUGUACAGUUUUCGAAUGGAAUAUGAAAAAGUCACAGUAAAGAUACAUGGAGCUUUUAAAAUGUUCUUCAAAAGAAAUGACAUGGAAUUAUCCUCCGAGAAAGAGUAUUUUUUUCAACAAAUAUCUUGUAGUCAAAAUCGUUUGCUUCGUCAACGAGGAUUCACAACACAAUCCCAGAAAUGGAAGAGCAGUUAAAUUUUAUCUGGAAAAAGCAAAUUUGCUUCAGCUAUAUCAAUGUGCGACAUUUAUUUUAAUGGAAUGCAAUGAAUACCGAAAGUGGAGAAAGCAUGAUUACCUCUGUGAGACAAUGCUGAACUCUCAAAAGGAAGAUUUUUCAGGGCUUUCAAAGUUCUUAACUGAGAAAAAUCACAUGAAAUUGCAAAGUAAAACAUCAGCAAUUCACAGCAAAAAAUAUAUGGCAUUAUCUCAGAGAAAUUGAGAAUGUUCCAGAACAAUUUUUUGUUUCCCAUCCUCCCAAGCUUUGUCUUGUUUGGAUCUCAACCUUGUAUACUCAUUAAUAUUUCUUUUUAACCAGAAUGGAUAUAUACGCAUGUGUGUAUAAGUAUUUAUACAACAUAGAACUGAAGCUCCCUGGUUGUUGUUUAUUUAGUCUUCAUUCCUGUCCCACUUGUUAAGAGAUUAGAGACCCUAUUAAUUCUCUAAAAAUAUUCAAAGACCUCACUGUGCAUAUUGGAAACUAUUCAAUGAAGAGAGUUUGGAGCCAUUUCCAUACGGUGAUCUGAAUUCUGUAACACUGCAUCUCAUGCAUAUGGAGAGACAUCUUAAUGCCGUUCAUUCAUUGAUUUACUAUUAUCUUUUUCCAACAUUAUCUUAUGUGUAUGGUUUUCUUUCAUUGAAACGAUGAUGCAGUUCAUCAAAGGUAGAAAUGGCGCACAUAUUGAAACAUAUUGCAAGGUAUGUGGUGCAUCUACAAAAUAACUGAAACUGAAUACUGGUUUUAGUCAGGAUCAUUCUCUUCAAGUUAUAUCAUGUUCACAUAUGGAAACUUCAAUCAUUUUUAAUUGGAACAGGGCAAAGUUCAGUUAUAGACUGCCUUUUCAUGAAAUCAUGAUACCUGGUAAAAUACUUAAAAGAGUAUGUUCUAAACUAUUAUUACACUGACUAGUGCUCUGAUACUACAUAGUGGAUUGUUGAAGGAGCUAAAUCUGCCAUUUGUCCCCUUUUAUCAAGUAUUGCUGAAAUAAUGUAUGUAUGAAUUUUCAAAUAAUAAUCAGUUUGUUAGAUCCCUUACAAAACAGUUUAUCAAAUUUGCUUUCAAGUAAAAAUGGAGAAAGCUAGCUUAAAUGAGAAAUGAAAAAAUUCAUAUACCUAAGCAAUUUUAUUAACAGCUAAUACUUAUAUCUGCUAAAGAAGACUAUUAAGGGUUUCAAGCAUACAUUUAGUUUGCAUGCCAGCUUCUAAACAUAAUAUUAAUCUUGCUUUGUUCACAAUAUGAGCCACAGUGAUUUGUAUCCAUGCAGGAGCAGAGUCAGUAUGUUUAUGGACAACCAGCAUACUGUGAAACUUUAAUAAGCAAAAGCUUAUUAAUGUCCUGAUAUACCUUACACCAAUAGUGCUCAUCCUGAAUUCUUUUACGUUUUGCUUCUCAGCUAUCUCUGUCACAAUAAUAUCUUCUGGUCUUCUCCAAAGUAACAACCAAUGGUCUGUUUUGAGCCCCCACAGAUCUGCUAAGGACAAUAAUUCAAGGCAUUUUAACCUCAGUCUUCUCUUGUCUGAUUCUUGGGUGUGUUUUAAAUUCAGUAUAUUUCAGAGGAAUGUGUGGUUAAUGGAGCACACGGGUGUUUUGCAUUGAGCUUAAGCUAAGUCUUAGAAGUUUUCCAAGUAUACCUCCUAACUUUAUUUAUUGCCUCCCUAUCUUGUUUACUGUUCUUUUGCCUUUAGAUUACACAUCUCCCUUGACCUAUGCUGUAAUCAGCCUCUCACCUUAAUUCUAUUUAAAGUUACAUAUCUUGCAAAAUAACAGCAGGUUACAAAGCGACCCUUGAAACCUUCUGCUAAUCUAAUUGUUGUAAUGUCACCUAUAAACCAUGGCAGUACGCUGUCACAUAAUACCUUGCUGUUGUAGAUGAUCAAUCAUCUCUGGGUCAUUUUUUUUCAUUAUGGAUGGUGUUUUAGUUGACUCUUCUCCUUUUAUUUACUUAUAAUGAAAUUACUUGGUCUGAGUCUAGUUCUUAAUAGAUAUUACACAAAUCACCCAACUACAUUAAUUGCUUGCUCUCAGAAAGAUCUUAGGGGAUAAUGUGGAAAUUAAUCUUGCCCCCAGGGGUUGUGUUGAAGUGAGGACAAAUAACUGGCAGAAACCUAUUAGGAGUUCUAAAGAGCUUCAAACCUAUAUUAACUAUGCUUAUAAUAAAUCUGGGAUCAAACAUAAAAAAAAAAUUUGUUAAGUUGUCCUUUUACAUUCCAUUGAAUAGACUUACUAUUCUUCAAAGAAAACAUUGUGACAUCAGUUGCCACCUAAGAAUUUCAUACCUGCUGAGACUAUAUGAAAGUUUAAAAACAAUUUCUUUUUCUUAUCUACUUGUAAGUCUUCAGUGCCUUUUUUUCUCAACAGGCCUCACGACUGCGCCAGUGGAAAAAUUCCUGUCAUUCUUAUUUUGUUCUGUUAAUUGCAACUUGUGAAAAUUUGAUAUUGUACCUUAGUUGGAUUCAUAUUCACUCUUUGGAACCAAAUAGUUAGCAUGGCAAUGUGCAAUCCAGAUCUAAAAAUAAGCAUAAUCAUUUCACGCCCAGUACUAAAAUUGGCAGUGACCAGUUGUAGAAUUAAUCCUUUUCAAGAGUAUUGUUGCAUAUCGUCUCUGAUAUGGGAAUAUGACACUGAGAAGAUCUCCAUUCCACUUGUAAUAAUUCAUAUAUUCGUUUGAAAAGAGCUGGUUUGUGACAUGGAGCUUAGGGCCUGUGCCACUGAAAACAGAACCACCUAUAAUGGUAUGAUUAAAUUCAAUGCUAUAGAACUCUUAAUAAGUUGAAGGUAGUCAAUGGACCAUAUAAAUAGCCUGCCAUUUAACAAUAUUGAUUUUCAAACCUUUUUCUUUGCCACAUAAGUAUCAUCUAUGGUGUAUCUAAUCAAAGAGAAAUAGUCUGUAGAUGAUAGUUUUGUUAAGUUUGAGAGUGGGAAAAGUAAUGCUUGCAUUUAUAUCAUAUCUUAUGUCUCUCAGAAACAUAUGAAUAUGUCACAUGUAAUGAGUCAUUUGCAGAGAUCAGUCCAGGCAUAUGAAACAGCAACUCUGAAUACUACAAAAUUCCUUGAACAUCAAGCAGAAAAACAAUACAAUAUGCUCACAAAGAAAACAUAAAGAUCCUGGAGCUGUUCCAGUGAUAUUUCCCUUCCCGAAAGCAAAUAGGUCUGUAUGGUCAAAUAGAAUAAUUGAAUGAGGAUGAAAAGAACAAAAGCAAGCAACAAUUUUUUCCACUACCACUAUGCUAGUAUUUGUUUAUUUAAUGAGAGCAUUUAUUAGUCAUAGGAUGAAUCACAUCAUAGAAUCCCUACAGUCUUCUCCCUCAAAAGAAUGCAUUGCAAAACGCAUAUCACUAAGAUACAAAUGUCAUGUUGUGUAUGUGAACACCUCAAUGCUGCUCUGUGACUGAGUAUUAAGUACUAUAUUAACAGAAUAACAGUUCAGAAUGUAUAUGUUGCAAAGCAGGCUACUCAGAGAAACUUUGACAACAAAGUCCCUUAAGUAAUUCUUGGCCUAGAGCAUUUCUGCAUUUUAAAUAAGUCAAUGCAGCUAUGAUAGAGACAGUGGAAUUUCUAUUCACUUUAAAAUUAAAUGAUAUGGCAGCCUGAGUGGAUCAAAGGAAAAAAUACAAAGGUCCAAAGACUGGCAUUUAAUUCAGUAGUCUGACCACGAAAUAAGGCAGCUUGAUCAGUUUUCAGUUUAAGUUGAAUAUGAUACUGAUGGGGAAAUCUCUGAUUUCAAAAUAAGUGCUGAAUUCCAAUUCAGUGGCUUUUAUAGAACUGAAGCAGAUAAAAUUCCUUCUGACUUGCAAUAUGUGCUGUUGUUAACACAACUAUGAAAUCAGGGAAUGGCUGCCUGUUGCAUAGUCUGACCAAAUUUUCUUGUUGUAAGUGAAAUCAGGCAGAGCAUCUGGUCAAUUCACUAUUUAUGUCUUGCAUUGCUGCUGAAAUGGAAUUUCACCCCUUAUGAUUUUAAUAACAAAUCUGUUUAGUGCAUGAGUGUAAUUUGUAUCACUGGUUCUUGUCGUGAUAUUUACUAAAGGGAUGUCUUAUUUACUGAUGUUUUUGAAAAUAUGACUGCAAUUUUUUUUUCAUUUAAUGAUUUCUCCCCUCUCCAUCAUUGUGGCUAGACAGCCAUUUCAGUUCCCCCAUCUGUCUGAGAGUGGAUGUAUAAAGGGAGUUUGGGUGUCUGUCUCACUUUUGCUCAUAGUCACUCACUUUUCCAUUUAGAAACACCUUACCUCUGCUUGACAGCUUUCACUGCCCAGAGGAAAACAAAAUAUUUUUUAAAAAUACAGUAACACUUGGAAAUGAAUUGUAGUUUUCCAGUUUUAAUGGUUUUUGCUUUUUGGUGGGUGGCAAAAUUGGGACGUUGACAGCAUUUCAUGAUUGGGUGACGGGGAUGAGAGCCUUAUCCAACCACACCAUAACCAUCAAACAGGCACUAAAAACCAAUGUAUGCCACCUUGCUACUCACUAUCAACAAGUGAAACAUUGAGCCAUUGAUGGACCAGAGUCACAUGCCGGUUAAAAAACUGAUAACAGACUUAUGUCUUCACAUUAGUGCAUUUAAAGAGUCUGUUGGGUGAAGUAGUCUUUUGGCACAUUUCUAUAUCAUUGCAGUUUCACGGACAGCGCACCAUUUUAUAUUUGGCCAUUUUGCUCAUAAACAUCACUUUUCACUGUACUUCGGUACAUCAAUCAAACAAAACCUGCGCAGGUGAAACAGGUUAAAUGUAGCAUCCAAAACUGAAACUCUGAAAUUAUCACUAUAAUGCAAAGACUUUGAAAUAGCUAUCAGCUAGCACUCAACAAAAGAGGAUUUUUUUGUUUUUUUUAAAACAAUUCCAUUGAAGUGAAUGGUUUAUGAGAAACAUUAAAGUAAAAGGCCAUCAACCAAUUCGCUCACAUGAACACAUGGUUCAAACAGAUGUUUUGAGCGCAAGCCAGCCAUGUUGGAUGCUAUGCAUCUCUAUGCAUUAAAGAAACUUAUUAGGCAAAGUAUUUAUUAUAGUUAAGUUAUUUAUUUAUUUUUAUCAAUCUCAUCCUUUACAGAUAUAAGAUCCUAUUUAUUUGAAGUGAAAUAUGGGGCCAUGUCUCUGACAGCAUUUUUUUAUAUUGUAAUUUAAUCUCAACCAUGCAGAAUGUCAACACAAAACCUCUGUAAAACAAAAGCUUUUCCAAUGCAGUAUUUUAAGAUAUUUUAAAUAAAUUUUUGUGAUACUA